CUUACUGCUUUAGCUAUUACUAUUCUGCUUGAAGGAUAGAGCUGCCUGACUUCUUCUUAGAAAGCAAUACUGUAAACAUGACUCAGGAAUUUGUCCAGAGCAAAAUCAAAUCUGAUAAAGUGGCUGUUUUUAUAAAGCCAACUUGUCCUUACUGCCAGGAUGCAGUGAAACUACUCAACAAAUAUUCCUUCAAGAAAGGCCACCUGGAAUUCAUUGACAUUACCACCCAAGAUGAUAUGGAUGGCAUUCAGGAUUAUUUCCGGCAGACAACAGGGGCAAGAACAGUCCCCCGUGUGUAUAUUGGAGAAGUCUGCAUUGGUGGAUAUUCUGAUCUGGCUGCUUUAGAAGAGCAGGGAAAACUCUCUCAGAAGCUAAAGCAAAUUGGUGCUCUAUAGUAACAUGAAGGCCCAAAAUGACUGGAAUCUGUGACUGCAUCACCCUGCCACUGGAGCCUUAGCAGUGACUUUCCUGUUGCCAUCUGAUUUCCUUCUAAAUCUACAAGAGAAGUGGAUAUUGGGCAUCUGUUCUUUUGAUGGUGUUAAUAGUGGUGCAAUAUGUUAUAUCCCUUCAUCCUGGGAGCAAACCCAGAAAAUGAUUAGAUUUUGCCUAAAGGAAUAAAAUGUUUGCACUAAUGAGGUGUAUUUACCCGUUUACAGUACAAACAUUCUUUGUAUUGCUCAAGCCUUACACUCAUGCUGUCUCCCUUCUCUGCGCGUUUCUCUCUCUGUUUUCCCCCCCCCCCUUAGGAUAGUUAUCCAGCAACUCACCUCUUCCUUAGUAGUGUAGAUAACUUUAGCUGUUUUCCACUUUAUGACAAUGUAUUAAGCUGAAGCCAUAUAGGGGGAAGUGUAGGAUG